CAUACCUUCAAAACCACGGCGAUUUUCACCGCUCGAGCUUUCUCUGUUCCCCUUCCCACGUUCGAAACCCUAAAUCCUGAGAAUUUUCGCUCCCUUUCUCGCUUGGAUUAUUCAGCUACCGUUGUUUUUCUCUGGGCAGCUCCAAGACUUAGAUUCUUCUGGGGGAUACUGCUUAUGUGGGGUUCUUGACGCUAUCUUCAGUGUUCAUCUGCCACGUCUCUAGUCAUAUAAUGGAUCCAAACCCUACUGAUUCCCCAACACCACCUACUGCUAAUUCCUCAGAAACUAAACCUCUAGAUGUGCAGCCUCAGGCUCAGGCUCAGGCUCAGGCUACUGCUACCUCUGGAAUGGAUAAUGUAGCACGUGAUGCACCAUCUAAGCUAUCUCCUACUGGCAUAACUUCAUGGGCCAAAAGCUUGAAAAUUUCUCAACCGCAGUCAGCUUCACAAGAUGGCUCGACUGAAAAUGCUGGGAAGUCAGCUUUUGCUCGUUUUACAAGUGGCUUAAGCUUCAACUUAUCUCCAAAAUCUCCUGCACCUAAUGAUUCCUCUGAUGGAACUUCUAAACCUACGCAACCUAGUUUUAUGGGAUCAAUUACAAGAGGGUUGGUUGAUUCUUCAAAGAGUGCUGUAAAGGCUGUACAAGUCAAAGCGCGUCAUGCUGUCUCCCAAAAUAAGCGAAGAUACCAGGAAGGUGGAUUUGAUUUAGAUAUGACUUAUAUUACCGAAAAUAUCAUUGCUAUGGGUUUCCCUGCUGGUGACUUGAGCUCAGGGUUUUUCGGAUAUGUUGAGGGUUUCUACAGGAACCAUAUGGAAGAAGUCAUUAAGUUCUUUGAAACACAUCACAAAGGAAAAUACAAAGUAUAUAAUCUUUGUUCCGAGAGGCUAUAUGAUGCGUCAUUAUUUGAAGGAAAGGUGGCUUGUUUUCCAUUUGAUGACCAUAACUGUCCUCCAGUUCAACUGAUAAUAUCAUUUUGUCAAAGUGCUUAUUCAUGGCUGAAGGAUGAUAUUGAAAACGUAGUGGUUGUGCAUUGCAAGGCAGGAAUGGCCAGAACAGGCUUGAUGAUUUCCAGUCUUCUUCUAUAUCUGAAGUUCUUUCCUACUGCUGAAGAAUCCAUUGAAUACUAUAACCAGAGAAGGUGUUUUGAUGGCAAAGGCCUGAUUUUACCAAGUCAGAUUAGGUAUGUCAAAUAUUUUGAGCGUAUUUUAACAUACUUCAAUGGAGAAAAUCCUCCCGGCCGUAGGUGUGUCCUUCGAGGAUUUCGUCUCCACAGGUGUCCAUAUUGGAUCAGGCCUUCUAUUACUGUAUCCGACCAUAACGGUGUUCUUUUUUCCACUAAAACACAUUCAAGAACCAAGAGUCUCUCGCCAGAAGAUUUUUGGUUUACUGCACCAAAGAAGGGGAUAAUGGUCUUCGCCUUGCCUGGGGAGCCUGGUCUUGCUGAGUUGUGUGGGGACUUCAAGGUUCAUUUCCACGACCGCCAAGGCGAUUUCUAUUGUUGGCUAAACACAACCAUGACCGAAAACCGAAAAAUGCUCUACACCAAUGAUCUUGAUGGGUUUGACAAGAGGAAACUGCCUUCCCCUGGAUUUCAGGUGGAGGUUGUUCUAGUAGAUACAUCACCCAAUGUCGACAACACCACGAAGAAGUCGGAUGAAAGCUCAGGCUCGAAACCUUCUGCAGUUGACGGGAGCGAAGUUUCUCAGAACCAAAACAGAAAAUCAGGUACUCAUGAUAAAGAUGAUGUAUUUUCUGAUAGUGAAUCAGAAGGUGGCUCUUCAAAGAGCAAGAAGGAGGCAGUUGAAGGUUCAGGGACCGAAGGAUCUGCUGUCAAGACGGCAUCUAAAUCUCAAACAAGUGGGAGUUCAUCGAACGAUGUUGCAAGUUUAUCACACGCAACGAAGCAAGUUUCCCUGGGAGAUGGUGGAGUCAAACAGACUGCUCCUGCCAGCGACCGAAAAGGAGAUGGUAUUGGAAGAUCUGAUUCCCUCCAAGAUGUUCCAAACUCAGAAAGUGAAUUCAAGGCAAUGGCAGCUGAUGCUUCUGUAUUUACAUUUGGCGAUGAUGAAGACUACGAGAGUGAGUAAAUGGUAAGGCGGUACGGUAUCAUCGCCUUGAGCCACAGGCCGCCCUCUGUACAUAAAAACCGUGUGUGGCUUCUGAAGCUGCAGGUCGAACCUUAAGAUUCAUUCAUUUGGGUUGUAAAUUCAAAGUCUGUCUCAGUGUCUGGUUUAUUAAUGAAUUGAGAUAGCAUGAAAGUGGAAAGCAUCUCAAGAAAAAGAAAGAAAAACAAAAAGAAGAAUAUUAAGUUGGUUUUGAAGAUAAUACUGUUCUAUAAUGUUCAAUAAAUGUUGGUUCAGAAUACUAUUUGUGGCAUUGUUUCUCGA